AUGUCGCCGCGAUUUUCGGCGAAAACUCCAAAAUACAGCGGAGUGGAUUCGUGGGUUCCGGCCGACAAUAAUGAGAUUGCUGAAAUUCCGAAAAAUGUGCUCGACAAGUACAAAAAAGUGCACCCAAAUAUUGAGGCGCCUCAAAAGUUUGUGCUCAAAAAUGGCGAGUUCACUGUUCUGACGUGUGCUGUGGCCGAUAAGCCGAAACAGGUGAAAGGUGCUGAUGAGUCAAGGACGAAAAAGCUGACAAACAGUAAACUGAAUAAAACCGAAGUUGCACAUUCGCAGUCGGAUUCUGCCAUUAAAGAGAAAGAAAAAGCGACAGAAAAAGAUACACACGAACCUCUGCAUCAUUUAGCGAUCAAGCUAUCAAUAGAUGACGGACAGAAGUAUGUCAUGUCGCUCUACAGAAGUUCAAAGAUGAGCGAUGUUGUGGCGCUGUGUGAACGGUGCCGCGAGAAUCCGGAACUCUUCCGCGUGUUUCCCAAAGACGUCGUCGUCAAGGAUUUUGUGAAUUUGAUUUUCAACGAGCUCCGCGAGAAUAUGACGUGGAAGUCGGUACAUAUUGCCGCGAAAAUUGGUUUCAUUGAGUUUUUUCGAAAUAUGAAAGAGCACAAAUUGGGAAAGAAUUUCAAUGUGAUCGCACAACCGGAAGGAUUGUCGCCGCUCAUGUUGGCGAUUCAAAAUGACCAACUUGAAACAUGCUCUCUUAUGAUGGAAAAAGGGGCUGAUAUCACGUACGUGUGUCCAGAUGGAUCAAAUGCUCUGCAUAUAGCGGCUACCUCGUCAGUGGAGAUGAUCAAACUGUUAUGGGAGACGAAGAAAUGCGACGAGAUGUUGAAUAAGGCUGACGCUUCUGGAAACACGCCGAUGUAUGUAGCGCUUACGAAUGGAUAUCUAUCAAAUGCGAGAUAUCUUAAAGCUAUUGGCGCGAGUCUGACGGCUAUUGACGCUACGCAUGAAGCGACACCGUUGAUUGGCGCACUGAAAAAAGGAAAAUUGGAUGAUUCCACGAUCAAAAAAAUUCUUGAAAUGAAACCCGAUGCUCUAAAUGAAACCGAACCAAUCACGGGAAACACGGUUUUGCAUUGUGCCGUUAAUAAAAAAUCGAUUAUUCUCCUCCUUGGGCACUAUAAGGAUCAAUGCAAUGCGAGAGCCGUUAACUCGCUGAAACAGACACCAUUGCACAUAUUCGUGUCUCGUGACGACGUCUCUCUUGUUAUGACACUUGCCGCUUAUGGUGUCGAUGUGAACGCAGCGGAUUGCAAUGGAAACACGCCACUUCAUCUCGCAGUAACGAAGGGCAGUGUUGCGAUGACGAGGACGCUACUCUGCCUUGGAGCUGAUCCGAAUGUCGUUAACCAUUACAAGGAAUCGCCAAGACAUAUAGCCGCAAAGAGCGCUGAACAAUCAAAGGCUAUGGACUUGGUGCGUUCAUUGAUCAUUUGCGGAGCUACUGCGUGCGCUAAAGGGUUUGUUGGAUGCGCAUUUGGUUGCAUGCAUCGAGAUAGUUUGGGAGCAUGCCGACAACACAUCAAUGGUAAUCAUAAGAAAUAUGACACCGAUAAGGCGAAUGUUGAGCGCAACGUUGAUUCGAUCGCGGUUGAUAGCGAAGCAACGACGGCUCCUUACGAAUUCGUAUUGGACCCGGAUACUCAUGUCGUUGAAGAAGCAUAUGCGGAAAAGAAUGAUAUUCGAUCAUUUCCGCACAAACUUGCCUUGGAACGCGUCAAAGCCAAGCUCAAAGAAUGCGCCGAAAAAAAGAAGGCGUCGAAUUUGAUCAAUGUUUUGGCGCUCGAUGGCGGUGGAAUUCGUGGACUUGUCACAGUUCAGAUGCUAUUAUCUGUAGAAGCUCUACUCGAUGAACCACUUAUUAACUAUUUUGACUGGAUUGGUGCGACUAGUACGGGUUGUUAUAUCAUGUCGACAUUAUUGACUGGCCAGACGUUGCGUCAAGCCCAGUGGUACUAUCUUCAAUUUAAGGAUCAACUAUUCGAUAGUUGGAGUAGACCUUAUGAUACGACGACGCUCGAGAAAUUUAUUAAAUGCUGCUUUGGUGAGAAUCUGAAGAUGUCCGACAUUGAGUAUCCAAAAAUCUUUUGCACCACAGUUCGUGCCGACACAUUUCCAGUGCAAUUGGACUUGAAUAGAAGUUAUCGGUUGCCGAUAAGCGCUGAAGAAAAUGAAGAACUUGGAUUUGCUGAUCCAAAGGAUAUGACACUUUGGAAAGCUUGUCGAAGGAGUAGCGCCGCACCGACAUAUUUUUCAGCUUCAGAAGGCAAGUACAUUGAUGGUGGAAUGAUUUCGAACAAUCCGACACUCGAUAUUUUAUCGGAGAUUUGCUUUUGGAAUUCGACUUGUCAGAAGACGGGACACACGUCGAAGAUGGUUGACGUUGGAUGCGUUUUGUCGGUGGGAACUGGAAUCACGCCGGUGUGUCCUGUUGAUCCGUCACUUUUCGAGAUGAACAAUAUAAUGGGAGUGCUGCGAGGAAUAAUGAACUUGUCGUUGGUCGUCAUUGAUCAGGCGACUGCUACCGAAGGUGCACCGAUUACCCGAUCACGAUCAUGGUGUCACUCGCUUGGAUAUCCGUAUUAUCGAUUGAAUGCACCGCUUUUCAAGGAUAUAUUUCUUGACUCGAACGAUGAUAUGGAAUUGGCGAAAGUAAUGUGGGAUUCGGUGGUUUAUGCGCAUACUCAUAGAAAGGAUUUCGAGGAAGUGGCGAAUCUUUUGAAAUUGAUUGGAACGAAUAAGGAAAGAAGAGAGCACCUCAAAUUGUAA